UUCAAAAUUCCGACUGCCUCUGAAGACAGCGUGCCUCCAUCAGGACCCUGUUGCCAGCUCACCUUUUUGUUCCUCCCGGAGGUUCAACCGCCGCUAACUACCGACUAAAACAAACUUAAACGACACGAUUUAAAAUAGCUCAAAUACACAGCCAUGAAGUUAUCUAUAGCUCGUAGUGCUUAUGGCAGCCUUCGGAAUACUCCAACCCGUCCGGGGAGCAGGGUCAGCAGCUUGUCGCGGCGAUGCCCACCGGUUGGUCCUGCCAACGGUCGGUUGAUCCUCCGGGCGGCGAGCGGUACCAGCAGCGGCGGUACCAACCCGAAACUAGCCGUCACCUUUGGGAAACCGUCCCAAAGAGAUGAUGGGUUUGAGUACAGCUCUUUGAGGGCAGUGGUUCAGAGCAACAAGGAGGCAAUGUUGGCUCUGCAGAGAAGAAAUCCAACAGUUCAGCCUUUGUUAGCCAUUAUUCAGGCGAGUGACGAUGACAGCUUGUUGGAGAUCAAUAAGAAAAUGGCAGGAAGGAUUGGUCUAAACAUCACCCAGAUCUGUCUGGCACAGGAGUGCAGUGAAGAUGAAAUUGUAGAGGAGAUUUUGAAAUUGAAUGAAGACCCCAGGGUGCACGGAGUCUACCUCCACCUCCCCCGAGCCUCGCUCACCAGCAGAGUGCUGAACACGCUCAAACCUGAGAAGGAUGUAGAUGGGAUAUCUGAUUUGAAUAUUGGCCGUCUUGUCCGAGGGGACCGGAGCAAAGGCUUUGUGCCACCCAAAGCCAGCGCUGUCCUGGAUGUGCUGGAGAAACAUGAUGCUCCUUUGGAAGGGAAAACUGUGUUGCUGGUUGGAGGAGAAGGAUCCCUUGAGGUGUCCCUGCAGUGCCUGGUUGAAAGAAGUGGAAUGGUGGCUCUCAAGAGUCAUUGGAGCUCCAAGAACCUUCAGAGACAGGUGAUGCAGGCUGAUGCUGUGGUCCUUUUAGAGGCAGGGGAUAUGGACGUCCCGCCCUCCUGGGUUAGACCGGGGGCCGCUGUCAUUCGCUGUGAGACAGAUGAGCAUGAGACGUCCUCAAAGUCUGGAUUGGGAUACCUCACAGCAGCUUAUCGAACACAGAAUGUGGUGCGUAGCUGCAGCUCGUGGAUCAAAGAGCAGCAGUACCGACCCUGGCGUCUGCGCAGCCUCAAACUGCAGCCGCUGACCCCUGUACCGAGUGACAUAGCGAUUUCCAGAGCUCAGACGCCCAAGCCAGUGGACCAGCUGGCUGAGGAGAUCGGCUUGCUGCCAGAAGAGCUGGAAGCCUACGGCAGGAGCAAAGCUAAGGUCCGACUCUCACUGUUGGACCGCCUCCACAAGCAGUCUGAUGGGAAAUAUGUGAUUGUUGCUGGUAUAACUCCCACACCGCUGGGCGAAGGUAAAAGCACAGUGACCAUCGGACUCGUCCAGGCCCUGUCCGCCCACCUCAAGCUCAACUCCUUCGCCUGUCUCCGACAGCCUUCCCAAGGACCAACCUUUGGGGUUAAAGGGGGAGCUGCAGGAGGGGGAUAUGCCCAGGUCAUCCCCAUGGAGGAGUUCAACCUCCACCUGACUGGUGACAUUCACGCUAUCACAGCAGCCAACAACCUGGUGGCAGCAGCCAUCGAUGCCAGGAUGCUCCACGAGGCGACGCAAUCAGACAAGGCCCUGUUCAAUAGACUGGUCCCUUCAGUGAAUGGAGUCCGAAAAUUUUCACCCAUCCAGAUCUCCAGGCUACGUCGCCUGGGGAUCAAUAAAACAGAUCCUGCUUCACUCUCACCCGAGGAAGUCAGCACCUUUGUUCGACUUGACCUUGAUCCCUCAAAGAUCACCUGGCAGAGAGUUGUUGACACAAACGACCGCUUCUUGAGGAAGAUCACCGUGGGACAGGCGAGCACUGAAAAAGGACAGAGCAGAGAGACUGGGUUCGACAUUGCAGUGGCCAGCGAGAUCAUGGCCAUCCUGGCUCUGGCAGACAGCCUGGAGGACAUGAAAAACAGACUGGCUCGCAUGGUGGUGGGGACGAGCCGCUCUGGACAGCCAGUCACCGCAGAGGACCUGGGUGUGAGCGGAGCACUGGCGGUGUUAAUGAAAGAUGCCAUCAAGCCCACGUUAAUGCAGACCCUCGAGGGUACGCCAGUGUUUGUACACGCCGGGCCUUUCGCCAACAUCGCCCAUGGCAACUCCUCGGUGCUGGCAGACAAGCUGGCUUUGAAGUUGGUCGGACGGGACGGCUUUGUGGUGACAGAAGCUGGUUUCGGAGCAGACAUCGGGAUGGAGAAGUUCUUCAACAUCAAAUGUCGGGCUUCAGAGCUGAGGCCAGACGUGGUGGUGCUGGUUGCAACCGUGCGAGCGCUGAAGAUGCACGGCGGCGGGCCAAAUGUGUCGGCAGGCGCUCCUCUUCCCAGAGAGUACAUUGAUGAGAAUCUGAGUCUCGUUGAAGGUGGAUGCCGUAGCAAUCUGAGGAAGCAGAUCCAGAUUGCGCACCUGUUUGGGGUUCCAGUCGUGGUCGCACUCAAUGUCUUCAAGACAGACACCCAGGCAGAGAUCGACCUCGUGUGUCAGACGGCGAAAGAGUGCGGAGCUUCUGACGCCGUGCCGUGUCACCACUGGGCGCAGGGCGGCCGAGGGUCCAUAGAGCUGGCCCAGGCUGUGAAUGAGGCUGCCAGCAAACCCAGCAACUUCCAGUUCCUGUACAACAUAGAGAUGCCGAUAGUGGAGAAGAUCCGAACAAUCGCCCAGAAAGUGUAUGGAGCCGAUGACAUUGAGCUGUCUCCAGAGGCCGAAGCCAAGAUAGAUUACUACAAUCAACAGGGUUAUGGGUCAUUGCCCAUCUGCAUGGCCAAGACUCACCUGUCCCUGUCCCACAUGCCCAACAAGAAGGGUGUCCCCACUGGAUUCGUUCUGCCAAUCAGAGAUGUUCGUGCGAGCAUCGGGGCCGGUUUCAUCUACCCACUUGUGGGAACGAUGAGCACCAUGCCCGGCCUGCCCACCCGCCCCUGUUUCUACGACAUUGACCUUGACCCGGUCACAGAGGAGAUCACGGGGCUCUUCUGAGCAAACUUCAAUCAAACAAAUCCUCACAGGGUCCUCAGCUCCACGCCUGCACCAUCAGACACAUCCAUGCCCUGCAUCUCUAACAGGAAAUGCCUUUCUUACUUCCCAGCAGCCCAAACUCUCUCCACAUCACUGUGACAUGUUCUCGGAAAAGGAAAAAAAAACAUUACUGGAGCAAUAGCUUGAUGCUGUAUUUGCACUGUGUGAUAAGCCAAAGAUUACCUUUGACAGCCAUAUUGUGUAUAUGCUGUAUGUUUAUGCUUUUCACUUCUUUGUACGAUUAUUUCUGAGUAUGUCAGUUUGAGUCUUUAAACCAUUUCUUAAUUUUAUGUUUUACUUCUAAUUUUCUUUACAAAAAACCUCAAAUGUCUUAAACGAUGCUGAAUCCUUUAUACAUGUCUUAUAAGCUUUUUUUAUUGUUAUAAGCGGGGCUUGUGUAUUUAUUAACUAAAUUACUGUUAUUACGCACAAAAAGCCAUUAUGGUGUUUAUGUAUCUUCUAAUCUGCUGGAUGCUUCUGAAUGUCAAAGCUUCUGUUACACAAGUUGACUAAUCAGUUGUAAAGACACCUUUGAGAUAUUUUUCAAGUGUUACAUUUAAUGUUUAGAAAGUCUGAAAUCUAAAUUGUUUUAGCAGAGUUGAUGUAUCCUCACAACCUUUCUUUAUGAACCUUUCGUAUGAUAUCUUACAAAACAGAAAGUGCAGAAAGGUUUUUAUAAUGUGUUACAAAAUACGACCGUUUAUGUAGACUUGUCACAACAAUUACAGCAUCCUCUUAUCAAGCUCAUCAAACAUUACCCAGGUCAUGUCCAUACGUUGUAUGAUAUCGUCCGCUGUGUUUACAUGCGUGUUUGUUUACAUGAGUGUCACCAGCAUUUUAGCCAACAUGUUUACAUAAAGCAGAAGCGUUUUCCUGAACAUUCUAUGACGUGAGAGCAGCGUUUAGGUGUUUUUUUCACAGCGACUAAAGCUGAAUUCAGUCAUCUCUGACCGCACUAAUUCUUCCCCAUCUGCUCUCCGUGUUAGCGUUUCACACAAACAUUAUGCUAUUUUAUUAUCAAAGUUGCAUUAAUUUGUCUUAAAAAGACAGUAUUGUUUAUCACAGGUGUUCUAGGUUAAUAUAUAUUAUCCAGCAAAAUGUGAUCAUAGUGACAGGCCUAUUUCUAAUUUACAUUGUAAAACGGUCGCACGAUUGCUGUUUUAAACACAUGGUUAACAUGAAAAAUAAAAAAACUUGGUUAAAGUUAGAAAAAAGAUCAUGGUUUGUGUUAAUUAACUACUACUCAGUUUAGUUUCUUUAUGGAGUUCAUUGAAUAUAGGCCAAGCACCUCUGUUAUUUUCUCCAAAGGUUAUUUAACUAAUGUCUGUAGGUAUUCUUUGCCAUAAUUGGACAUCGUCUUAAAUUCUCUAUAGAUCCUCUUUACAUUUCACACUCAUGUUUUCAACCAGACAGCUGAAUGUAACUCUGCUCUCACGUUGACAGCUGGCCAACUUGAAAUCUUGUUUGGUAUGUGUGUGUGUGUCCUGACCCGUCACUUAGUGACGUGAUUACAUGACCAAAUCACAAUGAAAGAACUGGUGUAGCUAAAGUUGUUGUUAAAGUUUUAUUGUACCACAUUUAAACCAAACUUUAUGUAACCAUUAUGAAACUAACAAAUAUUCUCUAAAGUCAAAUUGAAUAUCUUUUUUCUCACAGAUCAAACAUGUGUGCCUUUUAAAAUAAACCUUUUAUUAACUCCAUAA